CUGGGGUGCAACUGUUCAUCCAUCUCUUCCGUUGUGGUGGUCAGAGAUCGACUCGACAGUUGUGCCGUCGUCUUAUUUUCACAAUUGAAGCAGCGGGAUUCCGUGGGUCGUUCGCGUUUCUUAAUCCCAGAUACAAACGAUAAACUUCAAAUUGAACAGAAAUCUUGAUUGGAUUUUGGCUUAAAGCAAUUAUGGCUGAAUUAAACCUGGGUAUACUAAUAGAUGUUGUGGAUGAAGAAUGGAUGAAAGACACUCUUCCUGAUGACGAUCUUCCCCUGCCCCCAAUGCUGGUUAUAAGGACUGAUGACACUGAGGAUUCAAAUCAGGAGACUCGAAAAGUUGAGGGAGAUAGUUGGCAUGAUCUUGCAUUAGGUUCUCAAUGAAUUUUCUUGUCAAAGAAUCAUGUAAGCAGGUGCUUCAUUUAAAGUAAUUGAACUGUUGUCGUAUGGAUGUGUAUAUUUUUAAUUGGAUUAUGAAUGUCAUAUAGAUUUGUUGGACCUCAGGUUGUGGGGGCUAUGUUCCUUUCCUGAAGUUGUUGUGUAACACUAAUUCUGUGAUUAUGUGAGCCGCUGCUAACUGGUUUUGUAUGUUAUCAUUUUUCCUUCACUUUAA